AUGAGUUCGGCAUCAGCUAUUAUCACAGCUUUGUCUGACUUGACUCAUAAUCCAAAAUUGGAACAUUAUGAUCCUCACGUUUGCAGAGACAUUCAUAUUAAGCUCGAUAAAGAAGCUCGGGAACAAGGUUUGAGCUACGAUGAACGCUUUGAAAUGGCCAAAAAAAAUAUGUCUGUCUACAACAAAUGGGCCUCAAUUUUUCCUGCUGGCAUCAGUCAAUGUUUGAAAGAAUAUUGGAAAGAACGUAUGAGCACAGCACCACUUGAUCCACGUUUUCCAAAUACCAAUCAAACGAAACGAUGCUGGGUCAACUAUGUCGAUUAUCAUCGUUGCAUGGAAAUGAAAAACGACGAUAAAGUUUGUGGAUAUUUCAAACAUCUCUACAACGAUUUAUGUCCACCUGAAUGGGUCAGCAAAUGGGACGAACAAAUGGAGCGCGGAGUUUUCCCAGGCAUCCACGAUUAA